AUGUCUCUAAUUCCAAAUUCUUGGUAUUGGAAACAAUUAAAAUUAUCAUUAACAUGUUUUUUAUGCUGUUUGCCGAUUUUUCUUUUCUUUUUAAUUCGUUUUUAUCUUGCUUUAAUAAUAUUUAUUUUAUGGUCAAUAAUAAUUAUCAAAAAUGCUUAUUUUAAUCCACUAAGUCUUAAUAUACUCUAUGCAAGAUUUUUCUUCGAAUAUUUACUUGACAGUCCUGAUCUUUUAUCUCAACUUCGACCACUUGGUUUGGAUUUAUUUAAUACACAAUUACAUGAUUAUUCAAUAUCAUUUCAUGAAUAUGAGAAAAAAAAAUUGCAAAAGGAAUUAACUUAUCUUCAUUCAUUUAAAAAUAAAAAAAUUUCAUCUGAUCAAAGAGAAUCAUAUGAUGUUAUGGAAUAUUUUUUGAAUAUGAAUUUAAGAAGAGAACUUAGUGAUGAAUUUGAUUAUCAUAAUUAUUUAAUAAAUCAAAUGAUGGGUCCUCAAUUUGAUAUAAUAUCAUUUAUAACAAAAUUUCAUCGGAUAUUAAAAUUAAGUGAUGCUGAAGCUUAUCUUAUUCGCGUCCAAAGAAUAUCAAAAGCAUUUGAUCAACUUAUUGAUCAACAAUUAGAAAGACGUCAUAGAAAUAUUGAAACACCUCGAUUUGUUCUUCAAAGAGUUAUUGAUGGUCUUGAAGCAUUUCAAAAACAAUUACGAAAUGAACCAAAUAAAAGUCCUUUAAUUAUUGCUCUCAUUGAUAAACUCAAUGAUAAAAUUUGUUCAAACGAAAAACAAAAUGAAUUGAUUAGUAGUUUAUUAAAAAUUAUUAAAAUAAAUAUUAUUCCUGCAUAUGAUCGUUUAUUAAAUAUUCUUCAUGAAGAUUUAUCAAAAGCUAAAACAGAUCAUGGUGUUUGGAAAUUACCAAAUGGUAAUAAAUAUUAUAAAUUAUGUUUAGAAUUUCAUACCACAACAAAUAUGAGUCCAGAUGAAAUUCAUGAUCUUGGAAAAAAACAUGUAGAAAGAAUUCAAAAUGAGAUGAGAAGUAUUUUAAAAGAAAAACAAAUUGAAAGUUGGUAUGAUUUUCGAACAAGUAUCACAAAUUUAGAACAUGAUAUCGAACAAAAAUAUGAAAAUAUUGAAGAAAAUCGAACAAAAAUUCUUAAUGAUUAUCAUCAAAUUAUUGAAGAUAUUGAUAAUGAAAUGGAUAAAUAUUUUUCAUCUGCAUGUCGACCAGCAACAAAAUGUGUUGUUGAACGUAUACCUCAAUUUAAAGAAGCAACAGCAGUAAUAGCCCAUUAUUUUCCAGCAGCACUUGACGGUAAAACACCAGGAACAUUUUUUGUAAAUCUUCGUAAUAUUGAUGAAAUACUUAAAUUUAAAAUGCGUACAUUAGCUUAUCAUGAAGCUGUUCCAGGUCAUCAUUUUCAAAUCAGUGUAGCUCAAUCACUUAAACAUUUACCAUUUUUUCGUCGUAUGGUUCCUUUUACUGCCUACAUGGAAGGAUGGGCAUUAUAUACAGAACAAUUAGCAGCAGAAAAAGGAUUUCAUAAAUCAUGGUAUAGUUAUCUUGGAUAUCUUGAUGCUCAGCUUUUUCGUUCAUGCCGACUUGUUGUUGAUACUGGUAUUCAUUGGAAACAAUGGUCACGUGAACAAGCCAUUGAUUAUAUGAUUGAAAAUACCUGCAUGAAAAAGGAAGAAAUUAUUACAGAAGUUGAACGAUACUUUGUAUAUCCUGGUCAAGCAUGUGCUUAUAUGAUUGGUUGUCAAGUAAUUUUAUCAUUACGAGAAAAAGUACAAAGAGCACUUGGUGAUAAAUUUGAUUUAAAACAAUUCCAUGAUGUGAUUUUAUUGAAUGGAUCAUUGCCAUUGAAUAUGUUGGAGAAUAUAAUUGAUGAAUUUAUUAAAACAAAAACUGAACAUAUGUGA